AUGUUUGCUGAGCCACUAGCUUAUGAUUCAACAGUAAAAUUAACUCUGACUCAUAAUAUAUCUACCUGCAAAAUGAUAGAUAUAAGAUUUGACCUUAUGCAAACUAUUGGCAGCAUCAAAGAAUCAAUUGAAAAAAGGUAUGGUAGUGACCCUAAAUUUAUGCAACUGCAAUUAAAGGAUAAAUAAGUACGAUAAGUAAAAUAUUCUAGGGCAACUUCAUCACCUACAUGAAUGAUGAUGUAAAAUUUUUGGGGACUUAUGGAGCUAAGGAUGGAUACGAAGUUCAUAUAAUUGACAAUAAUCCAAAUAGUGUUUUAAAUGGUUUGGAAGAUGUGAACAAAGUUUAAAAGUAUACAAUAAGUGAUGAGGAUUAUGAUAAACUACCUGUUAAUAUGAGAAAAUUCAAAUAAUAAUUUUUGUAAUAAUAAGCAGCCGGAGGAAAUUUAGGAUAAAAUAAACCUGAAAUAGAUGAUAAUUAUUAAGAGGCAGAAGCGUUGUAAAUAGCUAUAGGCUCUCGUUGUUAACUUAACUAAGGGGAGAGAAGAGGAACAGUUCGUUAUGGUAAAAUAAUAAUUAAAUUUUUAAGUUGGAUAAGUUCCUUAGAUGGGAUUAGGCUAUUUUGUUGGAAUCGAGUUAGAUGAACCAACAGGAACAAAUAAUGGAAACAUUUAGGGCUUUCAAUAUUUCUAAUGUCCUCAAAAAUUUGGAAUAUUUGUAAGACCAAAUGAAUUAACUGUUGGUGAUUAUCCAGUGCUUGAUUUAGAUGAAAUCUGAAAUAUUAUAAUUUUAUAUAAUAUUGAGUUAUGUGCAUUUAUUAAAAC